CUUUAGCCUUUUCUGAAGGUCUGGUGGCAACCUUUAUUUAUUAAAAAAUAAAAAAUAUAUUUUUAAGAACAAAAUAGAGGAUGAAGUUGAUGGAAAUUGAAAGAUGGAAAUUGGAAGAUGACAGAAGAAGGGCUGUGACACCUCUUCUCUUCGGGACACUUUUGGACAAAUACCGACAGCCAAGCUGCUUUCUGUGUGUUUUCUGGGUGGAGAAAGAGGAUAUAUUUCCACUUUAAAGGACAAUAACAAACACACCGACACGCCUUUUGCUGCUCUGCGAUCGUACUUGACUUCUUAUCGGCCACAUCUCAGGCUGCAUGAGAUGGAAAACGGCACACCCGGGAUACUUGACGACGUGGAGGCGCUGUGGGAGAACGUGGAGUGUAAACGCUAUGAAAUUUGUCGCAUCAUCGCUCCGGCCAAGCUCACUCCGUACCUUCGCCAGUGCAAAGUGCUGGACGAGCAGGAUGAAGAUGAGAUACUCAACUCCCUGCUGUUGGUCUCCAAAGCUAAUCGCACAAGUCGUCUUCUUGACAUCCUACGUUCACAGGGGGAACGUGGCUACGUGGUGUUUCUGGAGAGCUUGGAAUUCUACUACCCGGAACUCUAUAAACAGGUCACAGGGAAGAACCCCACACGUCGCUUUUCCACCAUCGUAGUGGAGGAGGGUCACGAAGGACUGACUCAGUUCCUAAUGAACGAGGUGAUGAAGCUUCAGCAGCAGUCUAAGGAGAAGACCCUGCAGCAAGUGGAGCUCAGCAGGAAGAACUGCACCCUGGAGGAUGAGCAGAAGAAGCUACGACUUGUGAACCAGGAACUUCAGACCUUGCAACAAAGGUACAACAAGAUGAAAGAGGAGAGAAACACCUACAGCGAUGAGGUGCUGAGAGUCAAGGAUGAGAACUAUAAACUGGCCAUGAGGUACGCCGCGCUGAGCGAGGAGAAGAACAUGGCAGUGAUGAGGAGUAGAGACCUUCAGCUGGAGAUCGAUCAGCUAAAGCACCGGCUUAACAAGAUGGAGGAAGAGUGCAAGAUGGAGCGCAAGCAAAGUCUCAAGCUGAAGAACGAUAUCGAGAAUCGACCCAAAAGGGAGCAGAUCUUCGAGCUGGAGAAGGAGAAUGAGAUGCUCAAGAUCAAAGUACAAGACCUCCAGUCCAUCAUCCAGGUGUGGAAUAAAGAAACGUUAAAUGAUGUAAACAUUGCUGUAACAUCUUCAAACAUCACUCAGCCCGGACCUGUGUCCGCAUCGGACAAUGACAUCCUGGACAUUUUGGAACACGACAGACAGGAAGCGCUUGAAGACAGACAAGACCUGGUCAACCGCCUCUAUAACCUUCAUGAGGAAAUCAGACAAGCAGAGGAACUACGAGAUAAGUACCUGGAAGAAAAAGAGGAUCUGGAGCUGAAGUGCUCCACCCUCCAGAAAGACUGUCAGAUGUACCGCAACCGCAUGGACACCAUCACCAUGCAACUAAAGGAAGUGGAAAAAGAGAGGGACCAGGCCUUCCGGGCCAGAGACGAGGCCCAGCACCAGUUCUCGCAGAGUCUGAUCGACAAGGACAGGUAUCGGAAACAAAUCCGAGAACUGGAGGAGAAAAGCGACGAGCUCCACAACGAGAAUGCGCAGAAAGAAGCCAGGCUGGUCACGCUGGAGUCUCGCUUACGACGCCUCUCCAAGGACAUCGCCUCGGAUCAGAGCCUUCCGAGGGACUUACCCCCAACUGUUUUCUGUCAAGAACUUAAACCUGCUCAGGGUCAGUUGGAGUGGUCCAGCGAUGAGUCGCCAGAGGAGAAAUUUUUACCUGAGGAGUCCCGCCUCCGACGGCGACCCAAUUUGAAAGCAAACAGAACCAAGUCUCCUAUUUGGUUACCCAAAGAGCAUCCCGUUAACAUGGAGUCUUCUCAUCCUGCAGCCAAUGGCGGGGAUCUUCUUGUGAUCAUACCACACGUCCAUGCCCACACCCACUCCCUCCCUCCUUCACCCAGUCUGCCCCCCGUGUCGCCCAUGUGUUGCCCCAGCUUGCCCCCCGCCCUCACCUCAUCCUCCUUCGUGACAGAGCAGCCCAACAGGCCGGCGAUGCUGCGUUACCGUAACGACAGCAUCCUAUCCACAAAGCCUGAGCCCCCCGAGAAAGCAUCUCUGUACAGAAGAGAAAGGGAGAAAGAGAACGACUUCCAGCCUCGCAGCCUCUCGGACUUUGACAGCGACACCAUGGAAAUGGACUUUGAUGAAGUCCAGUGCGGCCCACCUUCCGUCCACUCGUCUUCCUCGUCCCAUCAGUCAGAAAGCAUGGACGCCUACGACGUCGAGCAAGUUAACAACAUCUUCAGGAAACUUUCUCUGGAGCGGCCGUUUCGUCCUUCUCUGUCCUCUCUGUCUGGUAUCAACGUCACUCUGAAGCCGGUUCAGGAGUUUACCAUGCUAGGCGACAACCUACUGAAGGACAUCACUCUCGUCGGCGGCAAUGAAAUUGGAAUUUUUAUCUCAUCCGUCCAGCCGGGGUCUGUGGCUGAGAAGACCGGGUUACGAGAAGGUCACCACCUCUUGUUGCUCGAAGGGCGCAUACGAGGAGAAAACCAGAGCAUUUCAUUGGAAACCAGCACCCAGGAAGAAGCCCAUUGGAUACUGCAACACUGCUCUGGACCAAUCAGGCUUCACUACCGUGCCAACUUUGACUCGUAUCGUCGUUUCCAGAGGGACCUUGCAGAAGGAACGCUGAUUUCGGGCGACUCCUUCUACAUACGGGCGAACCUCAACAUCUGCAGCCAGUCGGACAGCUGCUCUUUAAGCGUGCAAUGCGAUGAGGUGAUGCACGUUCUGGACACAAGGCACCAGGGGCGGUCUGAGUGGCUGUGCACCCGCGUGGACCCCUACACCGGCGCAGACCUGCAAGACAGCGGGACUCUGCCUUGCAAUUCCCGUGCUCAGCAGCUACUUCUAGUCAAGAUUCAGAAGCUGAUGUGUCGAGGAGGGAAAGAAGACAACGAAAUACAGCGGAACAUGAGGAGUAAUUUGCAGCCUGAGGAAGCCACACCCCCUACUGACCCCAAAGCCAGCCCACGCAUGUCGAGAGCCAGCAUCUUCCUCUCACAGAUCCUGCAGUUUGUCAGCAGGACAGAUAAUAAAUACAAGCGGCUGAACAGCAACGAACGUGUGAGGAUCGUAACUCCGGACGGCACAACACUCCCCAGACAAGGCUUAGACACUCUCAAACCUGAAGACACUACGGAUGCAGACGGGGACAUGAGCAGGAGUUUGAACCUGACCCCUUACAGUCACGUCACCCCCCAAUGGACUCAAAAGAGAAGACCGGUCCUCUUCACCCCGACCGCUUUAGCCAAAACGCUUUCACAGAAAUUAGUCAACAUGGGCGGGGCCAUGGACUUCAGCAUCUGCCAAGCAGACAUUUUAACCAAAGAAGAGUUUCAUCAGAAACAGAGCGUCGUGGAUCCCUUCGCUUACUUCAAAGAAAAGCGUGCGUCUUUUGAGUGCAUUACCAGAGACAACAUAGACACCAUCUCUGCAAAGGGCAAACACUGUCUGCUGGAGGCGGAGCUUAGCUGUGUCAAAAACCUUUUGAGGAGGGAAAUUUAUCCAAUCAUCAUCAACGUGAAGAUCUGUGAAAGAAAUGUUAAAAAGCUACGGAAGUUACCACUGCGGGUGGACUCAGAGGAUGAGUUUGUGAGGUCGUGCAGGGCAAAAGAGAAGGAGCUUGAGGGCAUUCCCUGCCUCUACGCCAACCUGGAGCCUGAUUCCUGGGCCGGGACGGACGACCUUGUCAGGGUUGUCAAGGAGAGGAUAUUUGAGGAGCAGAAGAAGACUGUCUGGGUGGAGCAGGACCUCCUGUAGACAUACUUUUUACUUUUACUCUGCUCACUCUGGACGGUACAAAAUAUGUAAUUGAACCACAAUUCACUAGACGUUGACAUGCUAUGUAUAUAAUGCUAAAACAAUAAAUACAUUAUGUUUUCUAUACAUUUCUAUGGUUUUAGUGUCAUUACAUUGUUUUUAUAAGGGAAAGUGUAUUUUUGCUGCUCUCUAGAGGCCAUUCUGAUUCAGUUAUCAACGUUGGAGUGGUUCUGAUUAUUAUUAUUUAUUAUUAUACGGGAGCCAGGCAACGACAUUUCAUUGGCAAUUUCACUGC